CGUGGAGAUACCACAACGAUUGAUGGCGGAAGCCGGAAAUUCAGCCCAGGCGAUCAAGCCUGGGUUCUACCGUCUUGAACUUAACAAAGCGGUCUGGGAGGUUCCCGAACGUUACCAAAUGCUGCAGCCCGUGGGAUCAGGCGCCUAUGGUCAAGUUUGCUCAGCAGUAGACACGCACAGCUCCCAAAAAGUGGCCAUAAAAAAGCUGGCGAGGCCGUUCCAGUCCCCCAUCCAUGCCAAGAGGACGUACAGGGAAAUACGCAUGUUGAAACAUAUGAACCAUGAAAACAUAAUUGGCCUGUUAGAUGUGUUUACUCCCACAGAUACAUUGGAGGAAUUUCAGGAUGUAUAUUUGGUGACAGCUUUGAUGGGUGCUGAUCUUAACAACAUCAUCAAGACACAGAAGCUUAGUGAUGACCACGUGCAGUUUCUAGUCUACCAGAUCUUACGAGGUUUAAAGUAUGUCCAUUCAGCAGGCAUCAUACACAGGGACUUGAAACCCAGUAAUAUUGCAGUAAAUGAAGACUGUGAGUUAAAAAUUUUAGACUUUGGGCUGGCCCGGCAUGCAGAUGAUGAAAUGACGGGUUACGUGGCAACAAGGUGGUACAGAGCUCCUGAGAUUAUGCUGAACUGGAUGCAUUAUAACCAAACAGUUGACAUUUGGUCUGUUGGCUGUAUAAUGGCUGAACUCAUGACUGGCAAGACACUCUUCCCCGGCACAGAUCAUAUUGACCAGUUGACUAGGAUAAUGAGUUUAGUGGGGACACCAGAUGACCGUCUGCUGGCCAAGAUAACCAGUGACGAGGCACGAAGGUAUAUUAAGUCACUGCCAACUACGCCAAAAAGAGAGUUCAAACAGUGCUUCUUACAAGCCAAUCCAUUAGCUGUGGACCUCCUGGAGAGGAUGCUGGACCUUGAUGCUGACACUCGGUACACUGCAAAACAGGCGCUGGGCCACCCUUACCUCAAACAAUAUGCAGACCCCUCGGACGAACCAGAAUCUGAGCCCUACGACCAGUCCUUUGAGGACAAGGAGUAUGAUAUCCCAGUCUGGAAAAGGCUAAUAUAUGAAGAAGUGACAAACUUUGAGCCUAAGCACUUAGAUGAACAGCAAGAAAUGUGUAUGUAAGAAUACUUCCCCUGUUUGUCUUUGUUCAUGGACUCAGCGAGACAGAGAGAGAGACAAAAUACCGCAAAAAGUGCUUUUGUUGAAGAGUGCCCUCUACAGGUCUUUCAGCUGCCUUUGUACUGUACGACAAGAAUUAAUCCGGCUUUGAACACAACAGAUGCUCUUCUGUAAGUGGAGGAAUGAAAAUGUGUAAAGUCGAAUUCCUGGACUCAUUUCUUUGGAUGAUAAUUCAAAACCUUGUUAACUUUAAGCAUUCAUACCUUGCAAAAAGUCUCGUCUGAACAGGGGGGUGUGGGAUUUAAGUCUGACACCCCCUUCCUUCCAGGGCCCUCAAAGAAAUAAGAAAACGGGUUUCUUUCUCCUAGUUCAGCAACGAGAUAUAUGCUACAUGUGUGGACAAUAACAAAUACAGUAACAGUAGUUAGUAUCAUAUACAUAUAUAGGGACAACAGUGAUAUUAGCAGUGACGUACAAAGGUCUAGACAUAAGUAUAAAGAAUGGCUGAGUCAGCAUAUUGACAGUGGAACCUCCACCAAUAAUGCAGUAGGUAAUAUAUAUAGAAAAGUGGCAUUUAGAUAAUGUAGAAAUAAUAAAUAUUAUAUAAAUUAGGCAGAUUGGCAAGCACCUCGCUCAUAAUUUUAAGUAGUUUUUAUUUGGCUGCUGAUGUUUUCAAAUUGUCCAAAAAUUUCUUGAUUGUUGACAUGAACAGAGACAAUAAGGUUGUUGAACAAAAUUGUAUAGAUGAAGUUAAACAGUAGUCUCGGUGAUCAAAAUUAUAUAACUGCCAGGUUAUAGCAAAGUAAUAUGUUUGUAAUGGGUGGCCACAGAUUCAUAUGCAGAAAAAGCUAUCAUAUUCAUUGAUCCACACUCUUCAUUUAAAAAGAAACCUCAAGACAAUAUGCAUGUUGAAAGGUUGCUGGAUGAAGAUGGAUGUUUUUUAUGAUAAAGGAAAUCCAAAAGUGCAUUCUUCCUCCCUGAAGUUCUGGGGCCUGUUAAUGGUUGACAAAAGAACACAGCUCAAAAGUUUAACAAAAAGGAAUUCUUUGAUUCAAGAAAACUUUGUUGUAGUCCUCUAAAUCAUGGCAGUUGCGUGUCUGAAGCAUUUUUUUUAGUUUUUGUAAAACAGGCCCUUUAAAAUGGACUAUGACAGACUUAUCCUGAGCGAAAAGACCAAGAAAUUUCCUUCUUGAGUUUUGACUAACAUUGACUGAAGUUGUUUUCUGGGGCCCUGUUUGAAUCCCUCUCUUCAUUCUCUGGGUCACUUUGUAACUGUGAUGUACGCCAGGGCUGGGAGAGAUUUACCUGCUGAUUAAUGUGUCUUUAGAUUUUCUACUUUGUUUUUCAUUCAUGCUUCUUUGCUUCCUUUGUACAUAUUUGCCCUUUCCCAUAAAAAAGAAAAAAUAAGUGAACAAAAUUACUCGAGUGGUGUGAUAAAAAUUUCACCACUAAUGUAACAGGAUCCUGCAUCUCGGUGGCUUGGAGUAGGAUAUUCUUGCACAAUUUUAGUCUCAUAGUCUCAACAGAUCAACAAAUUUUUUUGGAGAAAUUUACACUCAGCUUGUCAAAUGCGAGCAGCUGAGUGGUGUGAUUUUCUACUGUUGUAAUUCAAAUUGAAUGAUUUGUAAAAAAAUAAAUGAAGCUGAUCCAGUUGGAUGUACUGCCCAAUGACAGUCUUCGUAUGGAAAAUUUGUUAUUUAUCAACACAUGUUCAACUGUGCAAUUUGUUCUUGAGUGAGAUAACUUUCCCUUAAGCCCCCAUUACACUGGACGGUAUUCUUUCUGCGUCUUUUGUAUGACCAUGAAACUGGUAUCGCUGUGAUCGUAGAAAGGAGGCACAAGCAUCGCUUUGUUUGCAGAAUGAAUGCUCAGUGAUUGGCCAGUUGUCGGCACGUAAAGUUUUUUUUUUUAACUCUCAAACGGGGCCAUAUUACAGGAUGCAGAAAGGAUGCCGUCCAGUGUAAAGGGGUUUUUACUUGUUUUAUACACCAUGGAUUGAGGAUUUAUAUUCAGCUUGGCAUUUGUGGUGUUUGGUUUGUUUAUAUUAAUACUUAAUUCCAUCACAGCAAUGUUAUAUAAUUACUAUUCUUCUGGUUUUGUUACAACAUGUAAUCUGUAUAUAUUGUUUUUAUAGACUGUUAUCACAAAAUAUUAUUUGUGAUGCUUUUUUAUAUCGGCUGAUGUGGACAUGUAAUUAGGUCAAAAUGCAGGUGAACUAAUUUGUUUCAAGCCACAAUCAGUGUAUAAAGAAUACAAAAAAAAGCUUGUACAAAUAGUUAUGGCCCCUUUCACAUCGAAUGGCAAUUUUCUGUAUCGCCUCAGUUUGAGAGUGACAACUUAAUAGGCAGGGUAUUUUGUAAAUGAGUCGCCUCAACAGAGUCCCUGCACCCCUCUGGGAUAGUCUAACUGGCUUGAUACAGAAAACUGCCGCUCAAUGUGACGAGGCCUUAUGUAAUUAAUUGCUUGGUAUAAUAAAAUAUCUCAAGUACCCCCAGCUGUGUUGAUAUGGUAGUUCAAACCAUGAAUUGAACUAUACCAAUUUCUACAGAAGAGAUAUAUGCAGCAGUUAAAGAUUUUACGAGAACACCUUGACAAAGUUUUAACUUGCUAUUAAAUGGAGAUACAAUCUACUAGGAGAUGACUGUAUUUAUUAUGCAAGAAAAAUUAUAAUCAGCAAGGUUAAAUGUUGCCUACAAAAAUGAUGCUUGCACAGAAAAUGCAAAUAUUUGACAUUCUGAUGAAAAUAAAAACAUUUGAAAUUUUU